CAGCAAUCGCAGCCGCAACAGCAGAUAUCGUUACAGCAGCCACAACGACUACAGCAACAACAACAGCAGCAGCAGCAGCAGCAGCAGUUUCAAAAAUUUGCUCAGUCGUCGUUUCUUCAAGGCGUUCGGAAAGCACCACACUACCAACAGCAACAACAGAUAAGCGCCUCAUUUCCGAUGGCCAUGAGUACUAGUACCAGCAAUAUGCGUGUCUUUUCUUCUUCAUCGACGCCAAAGCCCACGCCGUCUAUACCCAGCUUUCCAUAUUUUCCACCGGCCAUUCAGAAAUACUCUCCAGAACUGAGCCCUGCUCCAUCAGAAGAGCCUGCAGCAGCAGGACCUGUCUCAUCCUCGUCGACUUCUUCUAUCGCAGGUGCAUCAACCGUCAGGUUGUCGUCUUCGAAUGCCAGCACAGGAAAGAACGCUCUGUCACAGUUGUCAGGGAUGGCAAAGACAGCGGGCACACCAUUAUUGGCGGGUCCGGACUCUCCUGAGAACAGCAAGGGCAACUACAGCAGUAAUGGUUACGCUGGUCGAAAGAUCUUCAGCAUUGGCACCACCCAGCAGCAGCAGAGUCCAGAGCAUGUACAUGCCUCCAACAACGACAACAGAGAUGUCGCCCAACCCGCAACAGUUGGACCCCACGCCGCUCAGCAAGAAUCGUCAUCUGCGUCUCCCUCAGCUCCGCCAUCAUUCUCGACUGUGGACGCGAAACUCUAUAAAAAGGGAGAUGUGGGAGGAAACUCGGCUGCUUCGACCCGCGCUGGCCGUCAAUCGGCUAUUCUUCGGGUUCCCUUCCCAGCCCGAGCACCCCCACCUCCACGCAGUGUCGCCCAACUUGAACAAGCGAUGAUGGAUCUGAAAUUGUAUGACUCGUGUUUAUUUUGGGGUAAAUCUGGAGCUGUCAACCUUAAGCCUGAGGGCAACUCGUGGGAUGAUGAUAUGGUCAUUCAGUCCAAGGAUCCGGCAUGGGUGCGCAAUUCAGUCCAGCCUCCGAUUCCGGCUGACCAGGAACUGUUGAUUUUACCACCGAUCGCCAAGAUUGAACGAUCAAUUGAGGUGUUCUAUGAGCACUCGCAUUUGUAUCCUCCGUUCAUCACACCGCUGAUCGUUGAGCGUGCCAAGCAGACGCGAUCAAAUCAGGUGUCGCGUAUCCUACUGAACACGAUCGCGGGCAUUGCGAUUCGUAUAGACCCCGAUAUCGAAAACAUGUUGACGAUGACGAUGAGCAUAGGAGGCAGCGGGACUGGAACUGGAACUAGAGCCGGAACUUGGACCGUGCAGAAGGAUAGCCAUACUACCGCUGCAGCUGCGGCGGCGGCCGACAGCAAUAAGACGCAGUAUAUGCGGUACUUUAAUCGCGCGUAUGGACUGUUACAACACUUAGAGGAUAUCCGGAGCACGUACUCGACGACGUACCUUCAGGCUGCUCUGUUGCUCUGUUAUGUUUAUCCGAAGCCUCAGCUGCGCGUGGAGUUACUCAAGCUGAUGACAGAGGCCGCAUUCCUGGGGUUGCAUGUGGACGCAUCGCGGUGGAUGCCCAGGCCAGUGGUCAUCCGGAACCGGUGCUGGUUGUUCUGGGCCUGCUAUAUGUUUGAUUCGGUACACCAUGUAAUUCGGGGCCAGCUGACCCAGAUGGACGAUCAUUACCUGGAUGCACCGCUCCCGCCGCUGACGGAGUUGGACCACGACGAUGGACUCUGGACGAGUUGGUUUAUGCUGAAGGAGAUACAUUUGUGGCGGAUAGGACGAAAGAUCCAUGCGUUCUUCCAGGCGGGAUUGAAGAGAAUGGAUCGAUUGAUUGAAGAGAGUGCGAGGAGCGGGAAGGAGACUGAACAGGAACAAAAUCGGCAGCGAAAAGAAAGGACCAAGGUUCUAGGAUCAGGUCGGGAUGCGGCACCGGCGUUUUUCAUGGACAUGCAGGAGGUUCUGACAAGCGAGUGCUCAGAAGCGGAACUGGUCGUCUCGCUCCAGUUCUGGACAGAUGGGUUACCGGCGGCGUUGACGGCGCAAUUGGAUCAUGGUUUCUUUGAGAGGACGGAUCCAAGGGUGAAUGGACGGGCGGUCGGACUACAGCUUGUGUAUGCAAUAUUGAGGGUGUUGCUGCUGUACCCGAGUAUGUUGGCAAUUGGGACGAACUUGCUGGCCAAGUCUGUUUCAACGUUUCCGGCCUUUGUGCCAUCGUCAGCGUCUUCUGUAUCAUCAUUGUCUCCAGCCUCGACUUUGUUGCCUUCGGGACCUUCUCCAGCGGCUGUUGAAGCCGGAGCAACGACAACGACAACGGCUCAACAAUAUCAACACCAACACCUUUUGAGACGACAGGAAUUAUUGGAAAAGAUCAUGAAGUGUGUUCAGGAGGCGGACCGUAUUGUCGGACUGACUACUGUGGUGUUGGAGAAAUACCCAGAGCGGGCUAGGAUGUCAUGCGUGGGCGUGGCGCUGGAUUGGUGUCUGCGGAUCUAUUACAAAAUUGUGACGGAAAAGCCCGUCACGAGGGUUGGCAAUUCGCAGGCGUCGAGUAACUACAGCAACAUUGGUAGCGGUGGAACGGUCGGCAACCAACAACAACAACAGCAACACGGACAGACGACGACGCCGGGAAUAAUGGAGGCCGAGAUGGAUCGAUGGGUAUUCUCGGCGAGACUUAAGGCGCGGUGUCGGGCACAGGUGACGAAAGUCGCAAAGCUGUUGAGGCAGUUUGAGGGACUGGAUCAUAAGCAUUUCUUCUCGUGGCUAACGAUCGAGCUGGAGUCGUUGGAGGAGCAUCAGAGGACUGAACAGCAGAGGAUGAUCCAGAAGUGUUUGGAAGGUGUGGCGAAUGAUUUUGGGGCGACGGCGGCUUCGAUGGCAACAGCAACUGCCUUGAGGGCGGGUGCGAGUGAUGGACUUGAUAUGGCAAUGCCGAUAGCGAUUUCGAUGCCGGGAACGGUAAACUUAGCGGGCACUGGACAGGAGUACCUGUUUGCUCAACAGCAACAGCAACAGCAGCAGCAGCGGCCGCAGUCUCACUCCCAACAGCAGCUUUAUCAGCAUCAACAGCUACAGCAGCACCAACAGCAAGAGAUGCAUCCGAAAUCACACGACCUCCAGACGAUUAUCCGCAAGCGCCAACAGAUGGGGAUCUACGCGAAUUCUGGGAUCCGACCGAACGGUGGACACGGCAACUAUUUGGGCCUGACACCAUCUCCUCCGAAUCUAUCGACUACAUCUGCGUCGCCCAUAAGCGUAUCUGUUUCCAGCGCUGCUUCGGUGCCAUUACCGUCAUCGCCGUCAUCGUCUUCGUCAGUGUCGGUGCCAUCCCCUGAGACGACGAAUGGCUCGGAGAUGAUGUUCUUGGAUGGCGGUGGGCAGAUGAAAGUAUCAGCGGCGUACUCGACGACGAUGGUUGAGUCGCAUUCGUCUGCCGCGGCUGCAGGUAUAUCGCCGUUGUCGACUGUUUCGGGGAGUGGUACGUUUGGACAUGGACAGCUUUCAGUGACACCACACCACCAUCAUCAACGCUACCAGGAGCAACAACAGCAAGCGGUGUACCAUCUUGGGUACCACCAUCAGCAGUCGACAAAUGUUGGUGGGGAGGCACGGCAUUAUAAUGCACACCAGCAGCAACAGCAACAGCAACAGCAGCGUCAGCAGCAGCCACCACAGCAUAUUCAGCAGCACUCCAAUUCUGUAUCUUUAGAGUCGUUUUUUUGAUUAAAACUAGAGG